AUGGUGGAGAGCUUGAGUGUGCCAACGUUCCGAGUUGGCUACUCCAUGAUCACUGACAAGCUUGACGCACUCUAUAAAAAGGUUAAGUCGAAGGGGGUUACAAAGACAGUGCUGCUGGUGAAGGCGGCAGCUGUGGCUCUCACCCAGCACCCUGUAGUAAAUGCUAGCUGCAGAGAUGGAAAGAGCUUCUCCUACAAUAGUAAUGUCAACAUUGGAGUGGCUGUUGCACUCGAGGGUGGCCUUCUUACUCCAGUAUUGGAGGAUGCUAAUAAGCUGGAUAUAUAUCUGCUUGCGCAAAAGUGGAGAGUGCUGCUCAAGAAGGCACGCAUGAAGCAGCUGCAACCAAAUGAAUACAACUCUGGGACGUUUACACUAUCCAAUUUGGGUAUGUUUGGGUUGGAUAAAUUCGAUGCAAUCCUUCCAGCUGGUCAGGGGGCUAUCAUGGCUGUUGGAGCAUCAAGACCGACUGUAGUGGCUGACAAGGAUGGUUUCUUUAGUAUCAAGAGUGAAAUGCUGGUGAAUGUUACUGCUGAUCACAGGAUUAUCUAUGGUGCUGAUUUGGCAGCAUUCCUGCAAACAUUUGCAAAGAUUGUUGAGGAUCCUGAAAGCCUCACAUUGUAA